AUGCAGUUAUCCACCAUACUUGAGACUAAUCCCAGUGGCAUGCAGUUAUCCACCAUACUGGAGAGUUGUCCUAGUGUCAUGCAGUUAUCCACCAUACUGGAGAGUUGUCCCAGUGGCAUGCAGUUAUCCACCAUACUUGAGAGUAAUCCUAGUGUCAUGCAGUUAUCCACCAUACUGGAGAGUUGUCCCAGUGGCAUGCAGUUAUCCACCAUACUGGAGAGUUGUCCCAGUGGCAUGCAGUUAUCCACCAUACUUGAGACUAGUCCCAGUGGCAUGCAGUUAUACACCAUACUGGAGAGUUGUCCCAGUGGCAUGCAGUUAUCCACCUUACUGGAGAGUUGUCCCAGUGUCAUGCAGUUAUCCACCAUACUUGAGACUAGUCCCAGUGGCAUGCAGUUAUCCACCAUACUGGAGAGUGGAGAGUUGUCCUAUUGUCCCAGUGGCAUGCAGUUAUCCACCAUACUGGAGAGUUGUCCCAGUGGCAUGCAGUUAUCCACCAUACUUGAGACUAGUCCCAGUGGCAUGCAGUUAUCCACCAUACUGGAGAGUUGUCCCAGUGGCAUGCAGUUAUCCACCUUACUGGAGAGUUGUCCUAGUGUCAUGCAGUUAUCCACCAUACUGGAGAGUUGUCCCAGUGGCAUGCAGUUAUCCACCAUACUGGAGAGUUGUCCCACUGUCAUGCAGUUAUCCACCAUACUGGAGAGUUGUCCUAGUGGCAUGCAGUUAUCCACCAUACUGGAGAGUUGUCCCAGUGGCAUGCAGUUAUCCACCAUACUGGAGAGUUGUCCCAGUGGCAUGCAUUGUCCUAGUGUCAUGCAGUUAUCCACCAUACUGGAGAGUUGUCCCAGUGUCAUCCAGUUAUCCACCAUACUGGAGAGUUGUCCCAGUGGCAUGCAGUUAUCCACCAAACUUGAGACUAAUCCCAGUGUCAUGCAGUUAUCCACCAUACUGGAGAGUUGUCCCAGUGGCAUGCAGUUAUCCACCAUACUGGAGAGUUGUCCCAGUGGCAUGCAGUUAUCUACCAUACCGUCCGAUCCAGCAACGCUCUUGAAUGGUAAGAAGUCCUUCUACAUUGUCCACACCCACCUCCAGCAGAACAGAGGUAUUUGUACUGUAGUCUUACCAGCGUCUGGCCUUUAUGAAGUGAAGCCACCUUUGAUGGAAGAGUUCAAGGAGCCUUACAUGCCUUUGAAAGCUAUUGAUGUUCUGAGAGAAUGUCUACUUUUAGGUAAGUCAACCAGUACCAGUCAACCAGUACCAGUCAACCAGUACCAGUCAACCAGUACCAGUCAACCAGUACCAGUCAACCAGUACCAGUCAACCAGUACCAGUCAACCAGUACCAGUACCAGUCAACCAGUACCAGUCAACCAGUACCAGUCAACCAGUACCAGUCAACCAGUACCAGUACCAGUCAACCAGUACCAGUCAACCAGUACCAGUCAACCAGUACCAGUACCAGUCAACCAGUACCAGUCAACCAGUACCAGUCAACCAGUACCAGUCAACCAGUACCAGUCAACCAGUACCAGUCAACCAGUACCAGUCAACCAGUACCAGUCAACCAGUACCAGUCAACCAGUACCAGUCAACCAGUACCAGUACCAGUCAACCAGUACCAGUCAACCAGUACCAGUCAACCAGUACCAGUCAACCAGUACCAGUCAACCAGUACCAGUCAACCAGUACCAGUACCAGUCAACCAGUACCAGUCAACCAGUACCAGUCAACCAGUACCAGUCAACCAGUACUGGUCAACCAGUACCGGUCAACCAGUACCAGUCAACCAGUACCAGUCAACCAGUACCAGUCAACCAGUACCAGUCAACCAGUACCAGUCAACCAGUACCAGUCAACCAGUACCAGUACCAGUCAACCAGUACCAGUCAACCAGUACCAGUACCAGUCAACCAGUACCAGUCAACCAGUACCAGUCAACCAGUACCAGUCAACCAGUCAACCAGUACCAGUCAACCAGUACCAGUCAACCAGUACCAGUCAACCAGUACCAGUCAACCAGUACCAGUCAACCAGUACCAGUCAACCAGUACCAGUCAACCAGUACCAGUCAACCAGUACCAGUCAACCAGUUGCUGACUCGUGUUCCUCAAAGUUGACGUUUAAAAAGUUGAAACUUAGAUCAAGUCAAUUUACACAGGAAGACAACUUGUGA